GUCGAUAGCUCGCAGUCCCUACAUGGCUCGCGUCCGCACUAAUCAUACUUAAUCUAUAGAAUAAUUAAGCUUUUGUUAUGAAAUUCGCUUAUCUGCUGUGAUUUGAGAAUUUAACUUUAAUUUGUGUUUAGUGUAGAAUUAGUUUGUAUAUCGUGGACGUUGUUAGUGUAUGAUGAGAAUGAUGGGUGAAGGCGAGAUGGUGUAUGGCGACUAUUAUAGCAACUAUGAUAACAACUGGUCCAUCAUACCGCCGGACUAUGGCGCUGACCUGGGGUAUCAAGUGCGUCAGCCACCCAUAGAAGAAGACUACAAAUACAAUUCUUAUGCGUUGCUGGAUAGUAUGAAAAUGCCGGGACAGCGGCCAGGGUUCCAGAUCUCGGACAUAUUAGGGUUGAACGAGGGUAAAGGGUUGGAGCCAGCACCGGCGCCGGGUACCCUCGGUGGGUGCUCCUUGGAACUGCCACCAUACGCGCCUCCACACCACCCCUACUCACAUGAACUGCUGAGGCACCACCAACCCUGGCUGUCUCUAGACCAUCACGAUGGACACAAUAGCUGUGUUGUGGGUCAACAAGCGAGUCCAGAUAGCACAUCUCGUGCUUCGGAGCUCUCCUACGUGGGGCCACCAGCCUCUUCCCCGCCAGUGACGGACGUGCGUCACGAGCACGACCACGACCACGACGACGAACACGACAUCGACCACGACGAUGAGCACGACCACGAACCAACCGUGAACCCCGGCUCCGAAAGCCUCGCACACAAGAAACGCAAACGACGAGUACUAUUUUCGAAGGCACAAACUUACGAACUAGAGCGACGCUUCCGUCAGCAGAGGUAUCUGUCAGCUCCCGAGAGGGAACAUCUCGCUAGCUUGAUACGGCUGACACCGACACAGGUGAAGAUUUGGUUCCAGAACCACAGGUACAAGACUAAGAGGGCUGUUCAGGAGAAAGGGGCUCACGACUUGAAUGUAGGAGGUUUGAACUCUCCAAGGCGAGUAGCUGUACCGGUGCUGGUGAAAGAUGGUAGGCCAUGUGUUGGCAAACCUGAUGGUCUGCCACCGUUGGGGAUGUCACUACCACCGUACCAUCAGUCCAUGCAUCACCAGCCGCCAGUCAGUAGCCACGCUCCCCAGGGCGGCGGCUGCUGGUGGUGAAAUGUACCACCAAUACAAACUGAGUGUUAAGUGAUAUACUAGUCCAUGUGUCGCACUUUGCAAAAUUCGGUUUUCAUCGCAGUGUGUUCGUAACACGGUAACCUACAGCACCGUAAAAUAUUUUACCUAAUAAGUACAAAAUGCAUACUUGCAAUUUCUUUGUUUCCACUUGGAAACACGCUUUAUCUACUUUAUUUUCUUCAACUUUAAGUGAGUUUCUUGCAUUAUAAGCAACAAAAGUUUUAUAUUCUUUUAUUAACAUUUUAACAAACAAUAGCUAAGUACACCGAAUUUUACAAAUGCGGCUUUAAAAUUAUGAGCAGAUGUUUCGUAGUUGUCAUUAUGAAAUUGAUUGUUAAAAAUAUUGUUCAAUUGAAAUAGUAACUCGAAUACAAUGGAGUACAUAUAUUCGUACUUAGAUUGGAAAUUUUAAGGUAUCUGGAGUUCCUACUUAUUUGUAAUAUAAUUAUGUCUAAUAUUAAUGAGUCAAGGGAAAUUAUCGGCUGCGAUGUGUGAGCGCUCAUAGUGUAGGAGCUCUUGACUUGACUUCGGCGCUCUUACUAAGCGCUCAUUGUGAUCAUCAUGCAUUCCACUUUGAUUGGAGUUUGUAUAUUUGUGUAAAAACCUGUGUCACGUUUAGCUAAGGAAUUUUAUUAUAUGAGAAAUGACCAGAUUUUAUCAGAAUGCAAUAUCUAGUUGUAAGUUUCAGUAUUAUCAUAGUCGAAUAUGUCUAGUUGAUAGCUAUUUAUGUAUAUUCAAAUGAAAGUUUUAUAUUAUCGUACGUGUACACGUAUGGCUAUAGAAUUAGUUAAUGGUAAAUGUAUAUUGUGUAUAUACUUGUGUGGUUAGUUACCGAGAAUAUGAAGUAUUCCCAUGCGCUAUAGAGACUAUGUUAUCUAUGAUGUUAGUAGAAGAUAGUUAUAAGAAAUGCAUAUUCACUACUAUGUACUUAAUACAUAUUCUAACAUCCAAAAUGAAUUGUCACACAAUGUUUAAGAUUGUCCCUCCCAUCAUAGUUAGCCCGAUAUUGUAAAAAUGUGUUAUAUAUAAAUUAUUAUCAAAAUACGUAUUAAAAUGAU